GAUUCAAAACAAAUACACGCGGUCGCCGCUCCAUCAUCACCUGCGUGAUAUUCGAUGAGAAAGCGCAGUGAGGAGGGCUUCGAUUAAGUGCUUCACGACAGUCCCUUCUGCAUACAGUCGCAUUACUAUUGAGGAGUUCGUGAUCGAGUAGAAGGCGCCAUGGAGUCGGACUCUUUGCAGGCGAGAUUCUUCACGAAAGAAGAAGAGUUCUCACUUCCAGAGGACCCGGUUUCUCUGGAGCUUGACGUCACGCCGGAACAGCUCAGCCUGCUGAUCAAUGAACUCCUGGGCCGUCAGGGGGAUACCUCGGUGGAUUUCGGCUUUCUCAUACGGGACAAUAUCGUUCACAGCACGCUUCGUGAGCAUCUGCAAGAACACGAAAUCAGCGCUGAGACCCUUGUUGAGAUCGAAUACAUCGAGAAAUGUCCCAGUCCCGAGCCCGUCGACAGUUUGCUUCACGAAGAUUGGGUCUCUGGAAUCCAUUGCGCUACGGUUGGAUCUCGGCAAUUAAUCCUUAGCGGUAGCUAUGAUUCUUCUGUGACCGUAUGGUCUGUCAGCGGGAAAAAGCUCAUCUCACUGUCAGGGCAUGCGGGGCCGGUGAAGGCGGUCCGAUGGGUGCAUUCGGACGAGAGGUAUGCCUCCUUCGUGUCCACGUCUCACGACGAAACGGCGAAGUUAUGGCUGUGGGAUCAUCAGAAAAACCAGAUAGAGUCUGUGAUAACCUGUAAGGGUCACCAGAGAAGCGUCGAUUGCGUCGACGUCGAUCUCAGCAAUAACAGGUUCGCCACGGCGGGUUUCGAUAACGUGGUGAAGAUUUGGUCGACGUCAACAGAGGCAACAGAGCUCGACCUCAAAAAGGAUUCAGAGCCUAAGAAAAGCAAACUCGAGCAGCGUCUCCUCACCAGAACGCCUCUAGUGAGUCUCGCGAAUCACACAGAGGCAGUCACGGGUCUCAGAUUCACCACUCCAUCAGAGAUGAUCACCUGCGCGAUGGACUGUACCAUGAAAGUCUGGGACAUCGCUGUGGGCGGGUUCACGAAUAAUCUUUUGGGAUCGAAGCCAUUCCUGGAUCUCUCCUACUCUGCGCUCAAUAACUUGGUGUUGUCAGCCAAUGCCGACAGACACGUUAGACUGUGGGAUACGAGAUCGAAAGAAGGAUCAGUCGUCAAAUCCAACUUCACAUCUCAUACCGGUUGGGUCAGCUCCGUCUGUUGGAGUCCGUCUAUUGAAAAUCAAUUCAUUUCCGCAUCCUACGACAAUAUUCUCAAACUCUGGGAUCUCAGAUCGGCGAAAGCUCCUCUCUACGAUAUGGAGGGGCACGAGGACAAAAUUCUCUGUUGUGACUGGAGUUUGGAAGAGCUCAUGGUGAGCGGAGCAGCUGACAACAAGCUGAAGAUUUUCCGGCAUGCGAACCCUACGUCAAAAUCGAAGCCGCUUGGAAGCUCUUGAAAAUUCUACCUGGGAGAUAUAUUCAGAUGGGGAAUUCAUCGAAUAAAUUCAGCAGCCCAUUCU